CAGAGCUGCUGCUGUGCUUUCGGGGAGGAAGAAGCGGCCCAGGGCUCCCAGGCCGAGGAGGAGGCGGAGGAGGGCCAUGCGCGGCCAUGGCGGCGCCGGGGGCCAAGCGGCGGCGGAGGCGGCGGAGGGUCCCAUCGGGGCCCGGUCGGGGGGUGGGGGUGGUCGGCGGCGGCGGCGGAGGCUGCUGCUGCUGCUGCGCCUGGUGCCUGGUCUGGUGCCUGGUGGGCGGCGGGAUGGCCCUGCCACGGAGCCCCCCGGCGGCGGCAGCCCCCGGCUCCUGCCAGCCCUGCCCGCCCCAGUGCAGCUGCAGCCCCGGCCCCGGAGCCCCCCGGCAGCAGCAGCAGCAGCAGGGAGCCCCCUCCGGAGGCUGCCGAGUGGACUGCGCCGGGAAGGGGGCGCCGCGCCUCCCGGGAAGCCCCUUCCCCUCCGACACCCGACUCCUGAAUCUUUCCAGUAACAGGAUCAGCGCUUUAAACGUGGAGGCAUUUGCACAUCUGACUUCCCUGACAAAAUUAGAUUUAAGCAACAACAGGAUUUCUACAUUAGAAGAUGGAAUAUUUGAUAAUUUAUUUAAUUUAAGCGAAAUAAACCUAAGCUCCAACCCAUUCCUUUGUGACUGCAACCUUGCCUGGCUGCCUCGCUGGGCCGAAGAAAGGAGCGUGAAGGUUGUGCACCCGUCCGCGACGAAGUGCGCUCAGCCUCCGGAGGUGGCAAACCUUCCCCUUUUCAACGUCUCCUUCAUCGACAUCACAUGCGGAGCAGACUACAUCGGGUGCCUCACAGACAACCACACAGGUCUGGUGGAUGCCAUUGUCCGGUUCACGGCCCAGCUCCCCCAGAACCUGACGCAAGCUGCCUGCGCUGCCCAUUGCUACGCUGAAGAGUUGGACUAUGGCGGCUUCAGCGAGGAAGCGCACUGUUUGUGCGGCGUUGCUCUCGAACCAAACUCUUCUGUGGGAUGCCUUCCGUUCUGUGCAGAGCUCUCCGCCGGUCCCUUGUGUGGAGGACCAUCCCUCGUGUCCAACAUCUUCCCAGCGCGGCUAUCCGUUUCCUUCACAGGGCCUGCCAUCCCUGUUGCCCUGUACCAAGAGGUGGCCUUUGAACUCCAUGUGCCCAUUGCAGUUGGUUUGCUACAGUGGGACUUUGGGGACCGUACAGGGCACUUAAAUACUACCAGGACAACCAUCCAUCACACAUACACAUUGCCCAGGUCUUACAAUGUCACGGCCACUGUCUUUGUCGGCAGCCGGUUUAUUUCGGCCCAGGCUCGAGUCGAGGUGGUGUCGCUCCCCAAAGAUCUGGAGCUCCUGUGCUCUCCUUUGGUGAAGACGAAUGAAAGUUUGCAGCUACGGAUAAGGAAUCGAGGGGGGACCGGGCUCUCCAUGGUCUACAGCAUCAUGGCUCAGGAUCAAAAAUCUGGAAAUGUGGUUUAUCCAGCAUGCCCCGUGGAUAGCUUUGCCUUCCCCGGGAACAGCCACUGCUACUGGCUGGUGGCCGAGAAAGCCGAAUGGAAGGAAGCCCAGCGGCAUUGCCAAAAAUACGGCAACGGAGAUCUGGCCUUUGUCAGCAGCCCUGAAAUUCAGAAUUUCUUGGUGUCCCACGUCACUCGGAGCUUGGACGUCUGGAUCGGCUUCAACGAUGUCGCAAGCCCCAGCAGCCCUUCGGAGAGAGAAGAAGGGUUUAAUCUGCAGAGCUGUCAGAACUGGCUUCCCGGAGAGCCCCACCCGUCCAACGCUGACCACUGCGUCCGCAUGGGCCCCGCUGGACAGUGCAACACUGACCUGUGCACAGCCAAGCACAGCUAUGUCUGUGAGCACAAGCCACAAGAGAUUCUUUUAAACGCUGAGCAUUUCUACUUGGGUGCCCCUGUGUUCGAAACAUACGUGCCGAUGGGAAAUGUUACCGAAAGAGAAGAACUCUCUGCUCCAUUGGGAAUGGUGGAGAGCAUGGUGUUCCCUGGCUUGGCAUUCCCACAAGAGGGCUUUCUAGCAGCCUUGGAGUUUGUGACUCAGGAGUUGCAGCACAGUGUCCAAGUCCGCUUCCGAGUGCACCGCCUGGCACAUGAAGAAGGUUGCAAAGAAGUUGGCAAUGGCACAUCUCCAUUACUGGCUUCUCAAGAAAAUGGGACGUGGCCACAAGUAGACUGUCCAGUUGGGUUCCAUUGGUGUCCUCUGACCAACACAUGUCUGACCAUUGGAGGAUGCUGUGAUGACUCCGGGGCAUGCGCCAACAACUCGGUUGCUGGCACUCCACCACCCAUCCCUCACCUCUGCCCAAAUGCAUUCCCAAAUAUUGAGCUCAAAGAGUCACUUUUCACUUUACCUCCUGGACCCUCGAUGCUGUAUCUUAUGCUCUUCAAAAACAAGGACAUCUCCAUUGGGCCCAAUGAUACCGUGAGCAUCCAGCAUGACGCAGGACCCAGCGCUUUCCUCCUUUGCCACCUGAACCAGACACCUUCUUCCCAGAUGAACUACUAUACCUGGAAUUCUUCAAGCUGGGAGUCGGACUUCCCACCAACCCACCACACCGGCGGCAGUUGGCACAACAGCUCCACAUGCGAAUUCAGGCUGCUCUCUGUCACGGAGGAGACGGUGCCCAUCAUUAGGGAGGAAAACUCUGGGGUGGCAUCUCCUGGCUUUUACGCUGUGAAGGCCGCUGUGGACAAUGGCGUCUUCAAGACCAAUCUAUCCUGCGACUUCUGGGUCGUUUCUCCCGUUUCCGGCCUCCAAGUCAUUUACCCUCCUGAACAAGGAGGCAAAAUCUACGUGGAAGUCAGCCACACGUGGCUGGUGUUGAAAAUCUUUUCCGGAAUGAACGGCAGCUCUGGCUGGCAAGGUGGGAACCAGAGCUUCCCCUUUGAGAGGAACUGUCCGCCCUCGGUUGCCACAAUGGUGGCUGAGUGUGCCCAGGAGAGCAACGACACGUGGUUCUCGGUCGUCAAACUGGAGGGCAUUGGGGAAAACGUGAGCACCGUCGUCUUGUGGGCAGAGAAUGCCGUCAGCUCUCAAAACAUCACCGUCUUGGUGAAGGCAGAGGAAGCCAUCCGAGGGCUCCGUGCAACGCCAGACCCAGAGUCCAGGAUCUUGCUCAAUAACCGCGUGACAUACAUCCCCAUGAUGGAUGCUGGAUCAGAUGUGACCUUCAGGUGGACAGUGGACGAUAAGCCUUCCUUUACUUUCUACAAUGAGUUCUUCCACGUUAUCUACCAGACGCCGGCUGUGUACAAACUCUCGCUCACCGCCUCCAACCAUGUCAGCAAUGUUACGGUGGACUACAACAUCACCGUGGAGAAGAUGAACAGGAUGAAGGACCUCGUGGUCUCUGAGAUCCCUCCGCGUGUCCCACAGAACAGCACCGUGGAACUGGCGGCGACCGUUUUGGUGGAUUCGGCAGUGGAGGCCACGUUCAUGUGGGACUUUGGGGAUGGCGACCAUAUUUUUUCCCAGUUUAAACCUCCCUAUAACGACUCUUUCCUUGUGCCUGAUCCCACCGUCCACCAGGUUGUCCUUGGACAUAAUGUGUCACAUACCUACCAAGAACCAGGUGAAUAUAUCCUGACAAUUGUAGUCUCCAAUGAAUUUGAGAACCUGACCUAUUCAGUCCCUGUCCACAUCUACACAUACCUGAUGAAUCUGACUAUGGAAACAGAUACAGAUGUUUUGGUUGUGGGCCGUCCUGUCACUUUUGAAGCUCAGCCUCUGCCAUCUAACUAUGGAGUCUCCUACCUCUGGGAUUUUGGGGAUGACUCUGUGGUAUAUGUGCAAAGCCAGUCAACAGUAGUUCAUACUUACAACACCAAAGGGAUAUACAAUGUUAGUCUCAGAGCCAACAACACCAUUAGCACCAUAGAGACAUCCCAGUGCUACCGUGUUUUUGAAGAGAUUACAGGGUUGCAGGUGACUGUGGAUGAGGCGAUAGAGGUGCGCAUGCCGGUAGAGAUCGGUGCAUCUGUGGAAACGGGGGAUAACAUCACCUGGAUAUUCGACAUGGGCGAUGGAACUGUUGUGCAGACCUCGGAGGCGUCCGUGAAUCACAGCUAUUUGAAAGAGAUGAACGGCACAAUAAACGUAACGGCAAUAAAUCCGGUAAACUUGGUUUCCCGAGCCGUGCCUGUUCAGGUGUUUUUGCUGAUGGUCCUCAAGAUUGAACCUUCUGCUUGUAUCCGAGAACACCCCAAUGUACAACUCACUGCCUUCGUCUCUGGUAACCCCGAUGACUACUUUUUCGACUGGACGUUUGGGGACGGUUCAUCCAAUGUCUCUAUGUACGGGGAUCCGACAGUGAUGCACAACUUCACCCGCAGUGGCAUCUUCUCCCUCUCGCUGGUCCUCUCAAGCAAGGUCAACAAAGCACAGUAUUACACAGAGGUUUGUGUGGAGCCAGAGAUCACCAACGUCACACUGUUUGCCAGGCCUCAUUUUGUGAGGCUAGGCAACGAGAGCAAGUUCCAAGUCACAGCCUUGCCGCCGUACCCCUACCGUUAUCAUUGGGACUUCGGGGCAAAUGACUCUGCUAGGUUUGGUGGCACAGAAGUUAGCUAUACUUACAAAACACCAGGUGUCUACUUAGUAGUAGUGACUGUCUGCAAUAACGUCUCUUUCAACAACGACUCGGCUUUAGUGGAAGUCCAAGAACCGGUCGGAGUAGCCAAGAUUGAGUCCAAUGCCUCAAAGGUUUUAGAGGUGAACCAAGUCUAUCUGUUCUCUGCCAAUGUUAGCGGGAACAAAGUUAGUUAUCUGUGGGACUUUGGAGACGGCAUGACCCAGCUGGGAAAGUUCAUCACCCACUCCUACAAUAAGAGUGGCACCUAUGCCAUCAGCUUGACGGGUUGGAACGAGGUGAGUUUCCGCGAAGCGAGGCUCAAUGUCACGGUCAAGCAGCGCCUCCAGGGCUUGAGUAUCAAUGCCAGCCGAACAGUGGUGCCUCUGAAUGGUUCUGUGAGCUUCACGGCUACCCUCCUGGCUGGCACUGCCAUCCGGUACUCAUGGAUCUUGUGUGACCGGUGCACUCCCAUCCCAGGCUUCUCCACCAUCUCAUACACUUUCCGUUCCAUUGGGACGUUCAAUGUCAUCGUGACUGCCGAGAACGAGAUUGGCUGUUUGCAAGACAGCAUCUUCAUCUACGUCUUGCAGCAGAUCGAAGGGCUGCAGAUUGUUGGCAGUGACCUCCUUGACGACACUUACUUCCCCACCAACAAGACACUGCAGCUCCAAGCAGCGGUGAGAGAUGGGACGAACAUCUCUUACAGUUGGGUGGUCCUGAAAGAGAACCACUCUGUGCAAACAUUUACUGGGAAGACUUUCUCCUUGGUCAUUCUGGAAGCAGGUGUCUAUGUUAUCCAACUGAAAGCCACAAACAUGCUGGGAAGCUUAGCUGUUAACAAGACAGUGGAGUUCAUUGAGCAAGUGGGUGUCUUAAAGCUGGCGGCUUCUCCCAACCCAGCUGCUGUCAAUGCUUCUGUCAACAUAAGCACCACCAUCACCACUGGGACAGGACUGGAAUACAUGUGGUACCUAGAAGAUGGAGUCCCCCUCAUCACGGCCUCCCCCAUGAUCAUGUACUGUUUCCAAAGACCUGGUGCCAAAGUGGUCACUGUUGAAGCAGAAAACAAGUUGGGCUCUACCAAUGCGACGCUCGUGGUCUAUGUACAGGUGCCAGUCAUGGGCCUGCAGAUCAAGACCAUAAGACCAAACUGUACUUACAUUGAGUCAGGCUCGGUCGUGAAUUUCUCUGGAGAGCUUGAAAGUGGUUCUGAUGUGGCUUGGGUGUGGAAGAUGCCAAACGGAACCAUAACCGGACAGAGAGUAGCCCUAACGUUCCCUACUCCUGGAUUCUUCUCUAUCUGUCUCAAUGCUUCCAAUGAUAUCAGUUGGGAAAGGGCUUGCCACAACCUGACAGUGCAAGAUCCAGUUCGGGACCUGAGACUUCGGGUGAGCAAGGAGGUGCUGGAGCCUGGCGAAGAGGCCUCCUUUGUUAUCGAAAUGUCUUCCGGUUCCUCUGUGAGUUACCAGGUGAGUGUUGGAGGAAACCGCUCAGUAGCCCUCAAUGCCUCAAGGUUCACCCACACAUUCUCCCAAGUGGGAGAUUACGUCGUCCAGGUGACAGCAGAGAACCACGUCAGCAUGGUCCAUGCAGAGGUCCUCAUUGUGGUGCUGGAGGCCAUCCGUGGCUUGCGGGUUGUAGACUGCUGUGAGCGAGGCACUCCCACUGGGGUGGAAAGGCAUUUCACAGCUGAAAUUGAGACUGGCUCACGGGUGUCUUAUUUGUGGCAACUUACCUUGGAGGAAGAUGGGGGGCAUUCCCAGGUGGCUGUCUUAGAAGGACCAAGCAUCUCUUACACACCAGAGGUUGCAGGACAGCUAGACGUCCAUCUCCAUGCUUCCAACCUCUUGAGCAGCCUGAAUCUAACCAUCGUGAUUCAAGUCCAAGACCUCAUCACACAGCUCUCCCUCCUGCCAGUCAAACCCUUUGCCAACCGAACAACUUUGUUCGAAGCAUCUGUGCAGCCCAGCGCUCGGCAGGUUGUCUUCUGGUGGCACUUUGGGGAUGGUUCCCCAGUUCAGAGGACUGAUGUGGCCUCUGCCAGCCACACCUACCAGAAGCCUGGGGAUUAUAUGGUGCAGGUGAAUGCCACCAAUCUCAUCAGCUUCUCCUUCAUCCACAUGACGGUCACGGUUCAAGUGCUGGAAUGCGAGGAGCCAGAGGCUGAGCUCGCCUUACCUGCUCAGGUGGUCAUGAAGCGGUCGCAGAAGAACUACCUAGAAGCACAGAUCGACUUGCGGGGCUGUGUCAGGUAUAAAACGGCUUACCAGUGGGAGAUCUAUAGAGCUCCAAGUUGUCUGCAGCUGGGUGGCUCUCACAAAGUCCAGCUUCAAAAUGUAGAUGUCAACCGGCCUCAGUUGGUCAUCCCCAAACUUGCCCUGGACCUCGGCAACUACUGCUUCAAAUUCCUGGUCUCUUUUGGAGAUACUCCACUGGCCAAGAGUACUUUUGCCAAUGUGACUAUCCUGCCCAACAAACUGGUGCCUAUCAUUGACGGGGGAUCCUACCGUGUGUGGUCCAGCACCCGAGAUUUGGCCUUGGAUGGGGAGAAGUCCUACGACCCUAACUUGGAAGACUGGGAACAGACGCCAUUGCACUACAACUGGUCGUGCGUGUCCUCCUCCAAAAGCUCCUCGUCCAAGUGCGCUCUGAACUUCAGUGCCAUGGGAGGAGUAGUGACCGUCUCCAGAGCCAUAUUGGAAGCAGAUGUGGAGUAUACGUUCGCCCUCUCCGUCUGGAAGGCAGGGAUGAGCCCUGAGUCUACGAAUCAAACGGUUUUGCUGAAGAAAGGAACUGUCCCCAUUGUAUCCUUGGAGUGCAUCUCCUGCAAAGCCCAGUCUGUCUAUGCAGUCAGCCGGAGCUCCUAUGUUUAUCUGGAGGGAACCUGCCUGAAUUGCCAGAAUAACUCCAAACUGGGGAGGUGGGCAGCACACAGCUUCAAGAACAAGACCCUGGUUUUGGACAGAAGCACCACCUCGACGGGCGACAUGGGCAUGAACCUGGUCUUGAGACCAUGGGCACUGAAGGACGGCGAGGGCUAUACCUUCACGCUCCACAUCACCGAUCUGACCACAGGAGAGGAAGGAUAUGCUUCCAUGGACCUCUUUCCAAACCAACCUCCCUUUGGGGGAUCCUGCUGGUUGUCCCCAAUGGGUCCGGUACAAGCUUUGACCACAAAGAUCCAUUUUGAAUGCACAGGCUGGCGGGAUACAGAGAACGAAGGCACCCCCUUGGUGUACAUCCUCCUGUCCACUCGCUGCCGGAUCGGCCAUUGCGAAGAGUUCUGGGUGUACAAAGGCAGCCACUCGGAGCACGCAGCCUUCCUGCCGCCCGGCUUCCAGGAGAGCGGAUCCCUGGUGUCAGUGUCGGUCCUGGUGCAGGACCAGCUGGGAGCCACCGUUGUGGCCUUCAACAGCUCCAUGGCCAUCACCCUGCCCAGCGUCCCCGAGGGAUUCAGCAGCCUCCCACAGUGGCUUUACAACCAGACAGAGGUGGUCUUGCAGGGCCUGGUGAAGCAAGGAGACCCCCAGCAGGUCAUUGAGUACACUUUGGCUCUCAUCACCAUCUUAAAUGAGUAUGAGUGUUCCAUACAUUCGAAACCGGAAGCCGAGAGAGAAGACCGGCUCAGGGCCUGGAUGCGGAAGAACAUCACGGAAACGCUGGUCUCCUUGAAUGUGAACACGGUGGAUGACAUCCAGCAGAUUGCAGCGGUGUUGGCCCAAUGCACGGUGGCCAACAAGGGGUUUGUGUGCCGCGAUUGCCUGAUGAAGACCUUGGAGAAGCUGGAGAGCAUGAUGGCCAUUCUCCAAGGGGAGACCACGCAGGGGACCAUGACUCCCACCACCAUUGCUGACAACAUCCUCAACAUCAUGGGGGACUUGAUUCACCUUGUCAACACCGUUCCUCGGGAGUCAGAGCCGCAAGAGCUUUGCAGUGGCCAACGUCCCAUGGAAGUGGCUUCCAAAGCUUAUGCCCUCUCCACUGACCUGAUGCGCAUCCUGAUGAAAUCCCGGGUGCUCAAUGAAGAGCCCUUGGAGUUGGCUGGCACCAAUAUCACAGCCAUAGGCAAACGGGCCGACCCUUUCGAACUGCUUUGCUACGAGGACAACCCCGAGUGCCAGUUCUCCAUUCCCCCAUCUUUCAACACCACCUUCUCCAACAUGACAGAUGUCGUCCAGGUCAUGAUCCGCGUGGACUACAACCCCUUUCCUUUUGGCUACAUUGCCAACUACAGCGUCUCCUCGGAGGUGGCUUCCAUGGAGUUCCAAAACAACAACGGGACAGAAAUACCGGUGGGGAGCCUGGAUCCGGAGAAGGCCAUUACCGUCAUGGUGGUGGACCCCCAAGAGAAGAACAUUACCGUAGGGAGCGUUGAGGUUGAGGAAGGGGGUUCGGUCAAUGUGGCGCUUAGACUAGAGAGCGGCAACCCUGAGGCCGGGCUGUAUUUCCAAGUCACCUUCAGGGUCCUCAACGACCGCUACGUGUCCAGCGAAAAGGAGCCAUUCAUCACCGUCUGUUUCUUUCACUCGCCUGAGCCCAACCUUGAGCAGAAUUGCACAGCCUCCAAGGAGAUCCACCUGGAGGAUAUGAACAGGAGACCCCAAGGGGACCACCGACAAUACACCUUCUUUGUCUCCCCAAUUACCAAUGACGCCGAAAUGGAUUAUUACUUCAACAUCACCAACCACUUCCUCUGGUCUCCCGUGGAAGUGACUCUGGGUCUGUAUGGAUCCUUGUGCCAAUAUUUCAGCGCCGAAGAGGUCCGCUGGAAGACGGAGGGCCUGGUGCCCUUGGAGGGGACCACUCCUGAGAAAGCCGUCUGCUUGACCCAACAUCUGACCGCCUUCGGAGCAAGCCUUUUUGUGCCCCCUCACUCGGUCCAGUUCAUGCGGCCUCCUCCAGGGCCGGGGAUGAACUACAUUGUCCUGCUGACAUGUGCCCUCUGUUUUGUGACCUACUCCGUGGCUGCCGUGAUCGUGCACAAGCUGGACCUGAUCGACAUUAACCGCGUCGGGGUGAUCCCUUUCUGUGGCAAGAACGGGCUCUACAAGUACGAGAUCCUGGUGAAAACAGGCUGGGGCAAGGGGUCAGGUACGACGGCCCAUGUGGGGAUCACUCUGUAUGGGAUGGAAAGCAAAUCUGGCCAUCGGCACCUGGACGGAGAGAAUGCCUUCCGCCGCAACAGCCUUGACAUCUUCCAGAUCGCCACGGAACGGAGCCUGGGCAGCGUGUGGAAAAUCCGCAUCUGGCACGACAACAAAGGGCUCAGUCCAUCAUGGUACUUGCAACACGUCAUUGUCAGGGACUUGCAGACUUGUAAGUCCUACCACUUCUUGGUGAACGACUGGCUGUCUGUGGAGAGCGAGGAGAACGAUGGCUUGGUGGAGAAGGAGGUCUUUGCAGCUGGUGAGACGGAGCUGCGGAGUUCCCUGCGGAUCUUUGUGGGCGAGUUGCAGCGGGGUUUCUUUGAGAAGCAUGUCUGGUUGUCCUUGUGGGACCGACCUCCUCGCAGCCGCUUCACCCGGGUCCAGCGAGCCUCUUGCUGCUGCCUCCUCGUCUUCCUCUUCCUCUGCGCCAAUGCGGUUUGGUACGGCGUCGUGGGAGACGUCAACUUCAGCCACGUGCCCAUUUCCACCUUGAUUCCCAUCAGCGGCGAGACGGCCAUGGUUGGCUUGGUGUCCAGUUUGGUUGUCUAUCCUCUGUACCUGGCACUUCUCUUUCUCUUCCGAAUGGCACGCAGCAAGGUCUCCAUCAGCCAGUCUCUGGCCCAGUCUGACCAGCAGUCCUUGGAGAUCGACAACUACCUAGAUACCUCAAUUCUCGAAAGUUCAUUCCUCAACUUUCCUGGCCUUCGAACAGAAGCCUUUUCAGAGCAAACAAAAACCGAUCUGUUCCUGGAUGAUUCAAAAAGCUUGAUCCGGUGGCCGUCCAACGAGGCCCUUCUCCACUGGCCGGAUCUGCUGAGUGACCCGUCCAUCAUGGGCAACACCAUCCAGAAGCUGAAGAGAGGGAGGACCAGCCGCCACCUUGGCCUCGAGGCUCCUUUGGCUGCUGAAGACGACAGUUUAUCCCUUGGAUAUCCCCAGGCACAGGCCAGAUACUUCUCUGCUUCAGACGAAGACCUGAUACGGCAAAUUCUUGCAGAUGGAGCUGGCAGCCUCCCUCACACGCAGGAUGUGGUGCAGCACCGCAGGGUCGAAACAGAUCUCAUCUCAGGGCUAUCCAACAUGCUCGGGGAGAAGACGGAGACGAUCAUGUUGCAGAGGCUGAAUGACAAAGGGAUAGCCGUCCCUGGCAGGGAACUCAACCGCUCAGCCAAAUCAACGCGAACAGUUGUGGACCACGCUCUCCGGAAGCGCCUCCUGCCCUUCUGGUGCUCUUACCUGGCACAUGCCGUCAGCUUUGCCAUCCUCCUCAUCUGCUUCGGGGUCUCUGUGUGGAUCGGUGUGGGUUUCACCUCCAGCGUGGCCCUCAUGUGGCUCAUCUCAGGGAUUUUUAGCUUCCUCUCCUCAUUUGUCCUCUGGGAACCCCUCAAGGUUCUGGUGGAGGCUUUGUAUUUCUCACUGGUGGCCAAGCGUCUGCACCCCGAGGAGGAUGACACAUUGGUGGAGUAUCCCUUUGUUGAGCAUGUUUCGGAGAAGAUCGGCAAGGUCCGGCCACCUCAAGGGUUUGCAUUGUUCCAGGCCAAGGAGGAAGCCAGGAAAGUGAAACUUCUGCACAACCUGCUCAAAAAUUUUCUCGUCUACAUGCUUUUCCUGCUGGCGAUCCUUCUCACCAACUACGGCGAUGCUUCGCAGCACAGCCAGUCUUUCCUUCUGCAAAAGUCCAUCAAGCAGCAGCUGGGUGCCGAGCGGUUCCUGAGCAUUAAGAGAUCUGAUGAGUUUUGGGUAUGGAUGUCGCAGGAGCUGUUGCCCUACCUUUACAACAACCAGUCCGGGCAAGGAGGCUUCAGCAACACCCUUGGAGUCGCACGGCUACGGCAAGUUCGUUUGCAAGAAGUGGAGUGUCCAGAUUCUGUUCACCGUGUCCUUGGUGGGACUUCUGCCCCUGAAGAGAAAUGCCUUACUGGCUCUGGUAGCUUUGACACCGCCAGUUAUACCGUUGGCUGGAAGAACAACUUUGGCAACCACACAGAAAAGUGGACAUAUUCGCCACCAGAUCUUGCUGGGGGCUUGUAUUGGGGGUACCUCUCCUUCUAUGACAGUGGGGGCUACGUCCAGGAGCUGGGAACCACAUUGGAGGAAAGCCGGGUCCGCUUGGAGCUCCUCCAGCAGAACAACUGGAUCAACAAUGUGAGCCGAGCGAUCUUUAUGGAACUGACCCAGUACAACCCUGGCCUGGGUUUGCACGCCGUGGUCACCCUCCGGCUGGAGUUUCCCAUAGCCAGACAUGCAUUGCCAGCGCUGGCCGUCACCUCUCUGCCACUCCUUCCGCUCAGCAAGGGAGUCACCCUCCAGCUCCUCAUGAUGGUCAUCCUCAUGGCUGUGGUGGUCUACUUUGUGGUCUCCGAGUCCCUCUCCAUCAAGAAGGAGGGCAGGGCCUAUUUUGGCCUCCUCAGCAGCUAUGGCCAGUGGCUUCUCAUCCUGGCUACCACCUGCACUGUCAUUAUUCACCUGAGUCAGGCCACUCUGGCCGAUCGGCAGUGGGCCAAGUACCUGCAGAACAGGGAGGGCUUCACCAGCUUCUAUGAGGUGGCGUCUCUCCAGGAUGUCUUCAGCUGCCUGGCUGCAUCUCUCCUCUUCUUGCUGACGGUCAAGGUUUCCCAACAGCUGCGCUUCAUCCGGCAGUGGUCCAUGUUUGGCAAAACUUUGCAACGAUCCAUGAAGGAGCUCUUUGCCACAGCGGUGGUCUUCGCAAUCCUCACUGUGGCUUACGCACAGCUGGGCUACCUGCUCUUCUCCUCCCAUUCUGAGGCCUUCUGCAGCUUCUCCAGGUCAUUCCAGCUCCUUUUCACAGCCCUCCGGAGCAGUGCAAGUCUGCACCUCUUCCUCCCCGAACCCCUGGGUCUCUCCCAUCUCUUUUACGCCAGCUACGUCGUCCUGGAGCUAUGGGUCGUGCUGCGACUCUUUGCCGCUGUGCUCAUCCAUCACUACCGCGAGACCCGCUUUGAAAUGUACCGGCCGGCCUUUGAAUCCCAGGACUAUGAAAUGGUGGAGCUCUUUGUUCGGAGGCUCAAGAUGUGGAUGGGAUUCAGCAAAGCCAAGGAGUUCCGGCACAAAGUCCGUUUCGAAGGGAUGGAGCCGCUGCCCUCCCGCUCGUCCAGCCAGGAUUCACGCUCCUUGCAGGGCCCCACGCCCAGUGCCACCUCGGACACCUCUCGCGCUUCCACCUCCUCCAGCCAACUGGAUGGGCUCAGCCUGGCGCCCAGCACUCAGGACAGCUGUGAAGUGGACGCUGAGGUCCAGCGCUUGCUCUCCCUCUUGGAAACUCUCCUCACCCACUUUGAUCGAGUGAAUGAGGUGACAGAGGACGUGGGUCGCCUUGAGUGCCAGUUGGAGGGAGCGCGGAACUGGCAGGCCAAAAAGAAAGGCAGGCAGAAGGCCGAGACGACAGCAAACAGCCAUCCUCACCCACCCCAAGGAAGUCCGAGGACCCUUUCCUCCAACGCAGCUUCCAACGGCAGCCAUCUCCUGCCCACCUGCCACCCAGGUGGCUCUGUGCCCAUCAGGAUAGUCCGAGCCAGCCAGGGCAUGAACCAGGGCGCAUUGCUCACACCACCUAAGACGCAGACCUUGCUCGUGCCGGCAGUCAAGAGAAAGAAACCGUUAGGUGCCAAAAACCGGGUGCACCCCAGUGGCCAAUAACAGCAACGUUCCCUAAUUGGGAAGACCAGAAAGGUGUUGUGAAACGGAAGUGGGUGAGGCUUUUCUUUUCACAUCCUCAAACUUCGAGGCCAGAAACUUUGCCUCUCCUUCUGUUUGUAGGGUGAACGCUACAGUAUGUUCAGCGUGGAACAAGGAGAUCUGGAAAGACGGCAGCUAUUUCCACAAAGCCUGUAGUGCCUUGAAGAUCACCUGCCUGAUAGCAGGAGCAGUGUUACUACAGUUUCCUUGAAGAACAGGGAAGCCCAAGGAAGUAAGAAGAACCAAAAAGCUUUUGCGAUGGCAUCCUUGUAGUAAGAGGAAAUGGUCUUUUUGUUUGGGCAGCAGCAGAAAGUGAAACGCCCAAUCCCUAGGAGAGAAAGCUCAUGAGGAAAUGAAAGAGUUUCUUUCAAAGAAAAGAAAAUUGCAACCUGUUGACUUUCUUGAAAACUGCUGAAGGCAGAAGCAAAACAACCUGGGCAAACCACUGGCCCAAGAUGGCCAGGAUGAGUCCCAGAUAGCUUGCACUGGGCCAGAUUCAUCUCAUGUUUGAUGAAGACUUCUCAAAGAAGCUGCCCUUUGGAGGGAAGAAUUUUUGUCAGGCUGAUUUAGCAGAUUCUCCUUGGAUGGAGGAGGGUUUCCCAAGACAAUGUCCUCUGUCCAUUUUACUUCUGGCUCCAGAAUUUUAAUGGUAGGUCUAUUUAAAAAUACUGUCAGCUCAAGGGAAAAAAAAGAAAGGGGCCUUAUCCUUUGGCUAAAAGGUUAAAAAUCUACCUGUCUGGAAAAUGGUAGGCUAUAGGGCGACACCAAAACAUGUUUGACAAGGUUCCAGCAUUUCUUAUUUUGGAAAGGGUUAGUCGGAGGGUCGAAGCUUGGAAUAGGAUCCCAUGAGCCGGUUUCGUUGGGUUGUUAUUCCAGCGCAUCAACUCCCUCUGCUGAAAACCAUUUGAGUGGGUUUGUGUGUGUUGCAUUGGCUGUGUUGUUUAAGAGUUGGAGGAGUACCAUUUGAGUAUGUUUUAUUUUAUAAUGUGCAUGUGUGUGCAUGCGCACACACACAUAUGUAUUUCAUAUAUAUAUAUAUUUGGUUUACGGUUUUUGUAUUUACUGCCCAGCACUUUAAUCAUUGCUUGCCUUAGCUAACAGUGACACAUGCGACUUUUAAAAUAAGAGCAGGAUAAUAAUAUAUCAUGGAAGCAGUGUUUUUUGUUUUGUUUUGUUGUAAAUCAUAAUGUGAAACAGGCCACUGGAAUAUGACUACAGAUGUGCCCACUUCUUGGUAGUUACCCUCCAAAGUGCUAACACAUUUGCAAAAGGUGCCUGGCAGUCACUUUGUGGGAAAAGAGCAGAUAAGAGACUAGGAAAUGCAAUGUUCAUAAAGGCCAAGAUCUUUAAAGUUUAGACAAGAAGGCAACCUAGUAGCUCAUUUGGGUGUUAGAGCCUGAUGGAUCACAUGCCAAGCCACAUUUACUUGGUUGGUUUUCCAUCUCCAAGGUAUUUCAUGAUGUAUAUGCAAAUAUUCCAAAAUCUGAAACACUUCUGUUCCCAAACAUUUCAAAUAAGGGAAGCUCAACCUGUAUUCCGCUUUGGAAUGGGUUGCAAGACACACUGGCACUUUUUGACAUUAAAAAACUACCAGUUUUUAUAAACCUGAUUUUUUGGGGAGAGGGCAUUUCCCAACCUGUGGCCCCUGGAGGGUCUCAUCCCCAAAGUAGCCCACAUUGACCUCUAGUUUGAAAUAAACCACUCCUUCCACUGAAACCGACUGCUGGACGGUGGUUUCUCUGGCCCUUUGACUGUCCUUGGUGGCCUCUGGCAGGCGGCCGUUCCUUGCGUCUUUUCCCCAGGACACAUUCCAUGUUUCCCUUCUCCCUCCAUUGUGGCACUCCAUCUGCCCUCAUAUUUCCUGGGGCCGGUUUCACAUUAUUGCAAGUAAUUUAUAUGGGAAUUUUUACAAGAAGAAGAGGAAAAAGAAAAAUUGUAUAUUUUUGUAUGUUUGCUAUAUUUUUAUAGCAUCGGUACUGUGCUUAAACAUGUAUAGAUAACGAGUUAUUUAAAAACGGUACGUUACAAGGCCUUCUUUUGCUGAAACGGCUGGGGAAGGUGUGGGCAGUCUGUCUUUUUGGGGUUUCCGCCAAAGGGAGAUACUAUUUCUAUGUGUGCCUCACUUCCUGGGCAAGGAGCUGGAACUCCCUGCCAACGCACAACGGCGCCAAGAAGUUGCCAAGUCUGAAAGGAAGAAGGGGGUAUCAAAGCCCUGUUUCUGACCAGGCCUUCCCCAAGCGACCUUUUCAGAACCCGACUCCAUCAUCACUGCUGGGAGUGGCAAAAGCAAAAGCAAAAGCAAGAUUGUGUUUUCCUGGAACAAUUUGUUUCCUAAUCACUUUUUUCCCCUUCAGAUGUAACCAACAGGGUUACAUUCCCCUUUUUUAUAAGACUUCGUUAUUUAUAAGGGUGCUAUUUUUGAACAAAAACUCAUUUUUAUAUAUAAACUAUUCCAAGCUGCUUUAUCAUCAGGUACAAAAUAAAGACGAUAAUGCACUUGCUUCAUUCUUUUGAGAGAAACAGGAAAGAUUGCUAAGAGGUAGGGAGAGAGUUAUGGAGAAAAAUAGGAUGUUUGAGGGCAUUUGCCAGGAGAGGAGGAAUACUUUGCAACCAUCCAAAGGAAAAUUGCAGACGUUUAUUAUCCUAAAUGUUUGUGCUUCCUUUCCCCCUUCUUUUCUUGGUCUUUUGGAUUUGGUUUUUUUUGCUGGUUCAACACACAGAGGAAACAAAAAAAAGUGUUGAUAAGACAAACAGGUUCCAAUGUGUGCAAGGCAAGUCACUGAAGGUGGUGAUGAUGGGGAGAAACAUGAACCAGAGAUGAGCGCAGAAUGGGAAGGGACCUGAAGUUCAACCCCAUUAGUGUAGGAAUACACGAUGCAAAGAAGAAAGACUUUUGCACUUGUUAGCUCAAAUAAAAGUUCUCAUAGUUUGUUAUGUGGGUAUUUACAAGGGAUAAAUCAAGCACCAGGCCACAGAAGCGGGUGCCUUAGCAAAACCAGCUGUGCUUGGUGCGCUAAGGAGGGCCUGUGUUUCUAGAAUGACAAGAGAGUGGUGUGGAAGGAGUUGGUUUGGAGGAACUUAGUAGGAUUUCUGGAAUAGAACUGGCCUGUUACUCCGGCGUGGAUCGUGUGCCACCGCAUCCCUUUCUCCCUGUCACCAGCGAAUCCAUGUUCUGUCCUACCUGCCAGAUCAAACUCUUGAAUGUAUAUGUUGGCCUUCACGCUCACAAGCCGGGUGGCUUCUUAUUUAUUUUAACGCCCGAAUCCCACCGAAUGCAGCCACUCGCUUCUCGGAACAGAACUUGUCAACUGAAACAAAGGGGAAACAGCAACCCAGAUUUUCUGGCUUGAUGAAAGGCUUCCGGUAGCACAAGAAGCGACAUGCUUAAUAAUGUUAAACCCUGCGCAAAACAAUAAUUUUUUUUGUUCUUUUGUAACGUGGGGGGGGGGGGACCAAACGAAAACAAAUGUGACAAAGUCGAAUUAAAAGAAAUAAUGGACGGCUCAAUAAAGAGUUGUGUGUUUUGUUGU